CUUUGGCCCUCACUUUACAAAUAAGGAAACAAGACUCAGAGAGAAGUGAGUUGCCCAGUGGCUGGAAUUUAGAGGAGCCCUUCUUCUGUUUUUUUUUUUUUUUUUUUUUUUUUUGCGGUACGCGGGCCUCUCACUGUUGUGGCCUCUCCCAUUGCGGAGCACAGGCUCCGGACGUGCAGGCUCAGCGGCCAUGGCUCAUGGGCCCAGCCGCUCCGCGGCAUGUGGGAUCCUCCCGGACCGGGGCACGAACCCGUGUCCCCUGCAUUGGCAGGCGGACUCUCAACCACUGCGCCACCAGGGAAGCCCCCUUCUUCUGUUCUUCCUCUCAAAUUUCGUUGUCCCCUCAGGGAAUGAUUUUGAACAGGGGUGGAGGCUGCAGCCAGAAGAACACUUACUGUUUUUCACCAUUUGGUCAGGGGCUGGCUUUCCCAGGUCGCUACCAGGAGACCAGCUCUGAGGACAAAGGACUGACAUUUUGAGGAGCUCCGCUGAGGGGCAGACAGUGUGUUCGGUAGCCACAGACAGGGCCUCAUGGAAUGUUCCCAGCCCUCUGGGGUAGAUAACAUUAUCCUCACUGCAGAGACGGGGCAUUCGAGCUCAGAGGAGUUGUCGGUUGCAGGGAAAGAAGGGCCGGGCAAGUGCAGUUUGGCGGCUGAGCUGGGCCCAUGUGAAGCGAUGAUGUUCACUGCCUCCCGUGGGGGUGGGUGGGGAGAGGGACUCAGCUCUGAUAAGACAGGGAGUUGAGGAAACGCGCUGACUACCUCCAUCCGCAGACCAUUCUCUCCUCCCAACCUCCGGCCUCUCUGAGGGCCAGGGGAUGGUUUGGCCUCGUUUGGUUCCUCUUCGAAGGGUGAACUCUGGCACCACCCCCGGGUGAUACCUGAGGCAGGUCAGGUUCCUCCUGGCUGGCCACGUGCUGGUCUGCCCAGCGGCCUGCCUGCCUGGCCCUGCUCCUGCAGCCUCCCCUCCCUUGGUAGGGCUCUCCUGAGCGAGGCCAGCCCCAGGCCCUAAGGCAGCAGCUGCUGCUGGUCUGGACGGGGAGGGCUUCCCAUGCUCUGGUUGGCAGAUUCUUGGCUCACGUCCCUGGAGAACUCUGGCUUCCUGGUUACUCAGGCUCCCACCGUGGUGAGAGCCUGAGGGCACGAGGGCCAGCCGGUGGGUAUGCCAGCUCGCUCGCAGCCCUCUCUCAUCUGGCUCCCCGGGGAAACGCAGCUUCUUGGCCCAAAGCUCUUGGGCUUUGCUGGUUUCCUAGCCCUUUCCAGGGGUAGGUAAGCUUCGGCCUCUGUGGCUGCAGGCAGGAGGCUGAGCUGAGCUGGUAGAGAGGCUGAGUGCUGGAGUUCCCACUUCUGGGAGAAGUGAGAGCUGGAGAUGCCUCCAUAACUUUGGGCAGAGCUGCCAAACCGCCUCACUGGACAAAGACAUCUGCUGGCUUUCUCUUGAGGGGCAAUGUGACCUCUUCCGAAAGGCCUCUGCAGUGCCUCCAUGGUCAAUCUUGGCAAAGAAAGAAUGCUCUAGACCAGGGGUUAUCAAACCCAUGGGCUAAGUACAGCCUGCCAUCUGUUCGUGUAAAUAAAGUUUUAUUGGAACAGAGCCAUGCUCACUUGUUUACACACUGCCUAAAGCUGCUUUGGUGCUACAGUGGCAGGGACCUUAUGGCCUGCAAAGCCUAAAAUAUGACCAUCAGUAAAAUGACUGUCUGGUUAUUUACCAAAAAAGUUUACUAACUCCUGCUCUAGACUGCCAAAGAUCUGGCCUCCAAGUUCAGAGAGGCUCCGUGGACUGAGGGGAUGAGCUGGCCCGGGUGAGCAGUGCCAUGGAAACAAAACCAGGAAGCAAGGGGAGCUCCCCGCUAACAUGGCCAACAAGGGUCCUUCCUACGGCAUGAGCCGUGAAGUGCAAUCCAAAAUCGAGAAGAAGUACGACGAGGAGAUAGAGGAGCGGCUGGUGGAGUGGAUCAUAGCGCAGUGCGGCCCCGACGUGGGGCGCCCAGACCGUGGGCGUGUGGGCUUCCAGGUCUGGCUGAAGAAUGGUGUGAUUCUGAGCAAGCUGGUCAACAGCCUGUAUCCGGAUGGCUCCAAGCCGGUGAAGGUGCCUGAGAACCCACCGUCCAUGGUCUUCAAGCAGAUGGAGCAGGUGGCUCAGUUCCUGAAGGCAGCUGAGGACUAUGGUGUCACCAAGACUGACAUGUUCCAGACUGUUGACCUCUUUGAAGGCAAAGACCUGGCAGCGGUGCAGAGGACCCUGAUGGCCCUGGGCAGCUUGGCAGUGACCAAGAACGAUGGACACUACCGUGGAGAUCCCAACUGGUUUAUGAAGAAAGCCCAGGAGCAUAAGAGGGAAUUCACAGAGAGCCAACUGCAGGAGGGAAAGCAUGUCAUCGGCCUACAGAUGGGCAGCAACAGAGGGGCCUCCCAGGCUGGCAUGACAGGCUACGGCCGACCUCGGCAGAUCAUCAGUUAGAGGUGGAGGGCUGGCCCCCGGCCCCGCCCUCGCCCAGCUCGCCGGCCGCAGCCCUCCCGCCUCGCCAGCCUCACCCACACCCGUGUAGUUCCUUCAGCCCCGGCCAAGCUUCGAGGCUCCGUCACUGAGCAAAGGUGACUGCACUUGGGCAGCUCGCCCGCACCCCUCAGCCUCAGCCCAACUUCUGACCCCAAAGCACUGCUCCCCUGGCCCACCUCCCAGCUUCCCGGCCAGCUCCACUGUCUCUCCCUCCCGGGCCGAGCAGGGGAGACGUGGGCUGGCAGUGGCCUGGGUGUGGGCAAGUCCACCGUCCUCCUGGGCGGCUGACGCUCAUAGAAGGAGACCCAGGCCAACCGCCCCCGGGUUUUUUGCUGGAAUAUUUUGGGGGUUGAAAUUCAAAAGGAAAAAAAAAAAAUACAUCAAUCUUUUCUCA